GUACCGGAUUUGUGACGUUUUAUUUACAGCGCGCACGAGCGCAGUGACAGGAGUCGUUUCCGUGUUUGUGUUUAUGUUUAUUUGUUUAUGUGUUUAUUAAGAUUUUAAAGAUGUAAAUAACUCAGACACAACAGUUACAACAAGCGAGACUGAAACUGAGCCGCUUUACACACAACUCUGAAGGUCUCAGGUCUGGUGUUUGUUUCAGGUCUUUAAUCAUCAUCACCAUCCUCAUCUUCAUCACCAUCCUCAUCAUCAUCCUCAUGAUCCCGGUGCUGAGUGUCUCAGUGUCAUCAUCAUCAUCACCAUCCUCAUCUUCAUCACCAUCCUCAUCAUCAUCCUCAUGAUCCCAGUGCUGAGUGUCUCAGUGUCAUCAUCAUCACCAUCCUCAUCUUCAUCACCAUCCUCAUCAUCAUCCUCAUGAUCCCGGUGCUGAGUGUCUCAGUGUCAUCAUCAUCACCAUCCUCAUCUUCAUCACCAUCCUCAUCAUCAUCCUCAUGAUUCCAGUGCUGAGUGUCUCAGUGUCAUCAUCAUCACCAUCCUCAUCUUCAUCACCAUCCUCAUCAUCAUCCUCAUGAUUCCAGUGCUGAGUGUCUCAGUGUCAUCAUCAUCACCAUCCUCAUCUUCAUCACCAUCCUCAUCAUCAUCCUCAUGAUCCCGGUGCUGAGUGUCUCAGUGUCAUCAUCAUCAUCAUCAUCCUCAUCCUCAUCAUCAUCACCAUCAUCAUCAUCCUCAUGAUCCCGGUGCUGAGUGUCUCAGUGUCAUCAUCAUCAUCAUCACCACCAUCCUCAUCUUCAUCAUCAUCCUCAUGAUCCCGGUGCUGAGUGUCUCAGUGUCAUCAUCAUCAUCAUCAUCAUCAUCAUCAUCACCAUCAUCAUCAUCCUCAUGAUCCCGGUGCUGAGUGUCUCAGUGUCAUCAUCAUCACCAUCCUCAUCUUCAUCACCAUCCUCAUCAUCAUCCUCAUGAUCCCGGUGCUGAGUGUCUCAGUGUCAUCAUCACCACCAUCCUCAUCUUCAUCACCAUCCUCAUGAUCCAGGUGCUGAGUGUCUCAGUGUCAUCAUCAUCAUCAUCAUCACCAUCCUCAUCUUCAUCACCAUCCUCAUGAUCCCGGUGCUGAGUGUCUCAGUGUCAUCAUCAUCACCAUCCUCAUCAUCAUCCUCAUGACCCCGGUGCUGAGUGUCUCAGUGUCAUCAUCAUCACCAUCCUCAUCUUCAUCACCAUCCUCAUCAUCAUCCUCAUGAUCCCGGUGCUGAGUGUCUCAGUGUCAUCAUCAUCACCAUCCUCAUCCUCAUCAUCAUCCUCAUGAUCCCGGUGCUGAGUGUCUCAGUGUCAUCAUCAUCACCAUCCUCAUCUUCAUCACCAUCCUCAUCAUCAUCCUCAUGAUCCCGGUGCUGAGUGUCUCAGUGUCAUCAUCAUCACCAUCCUCAUCCUCAUCAUCAUCCUCAUGAUCCCGGUGCUGAGUGUCUCAGUGUCAUCAUCACCACCAUCCUCAUCUUCAUCACCAUCCUCAUGAUCCAGGUGCUGAGUGUCUCAGUGUCAUCAUCAUCAUCAUCAUCACCAUCCUCAUCAUCAUCACCAUCCUCAUCUUCAUCAUCAUCCUCAUGAUCCCGGUGCUGAGUGUCUCAGUGUCAUCAUCAUCACCAUCCUCAUCUUCAUCAUCAUCCUCAUGACCCCGGUGCUGAGUGUCUCAGUGUCAUCAUCAUCACCAUCCUCAUCUUCAUCACCAUCCUCAUCAUCAUCCUCAUGAUCCCGGUGCUGAGUGUCUCAGUGUCAUCAUCAUCACCAUCCUCAUCCUCAUCAUCAUCCUCAUGACCCCGGUGCUGAGUGUCUCAGUGUCAUCAUCAUCACCAUCCUCAUCCUCAUCAUCAUCCUCAUGAUCCCGGUGCUGAGUGUCUCAGUGUCAUCAUCAUCACCAUCCUCAUCAUCAUCCUCAUGACCCCGGUGCUGAGUGUCUCAGUGUCAGCAGUCUGAAGGAAGUGGAUCUGACUGUUCCGGUUAUUCCUGCUGUUCCUGUUAUUCUGGAGUGUUCCUGUUAUUCCGGAGUGUUCAGGUGAACCCUGUUAUUCUGGAGUGUUCCUGUUAUUCCGGAGUGUUCCUGUUAUUCCGGAGUGUUCAGGUGAACCCUGUUAUUCUGGAGUGUUCCUGUUAUUCCAGAGUGUUCCUGUUAUUCCAGAGUGUUCCUGUUAUUCCAGAGUGUUCCUGUUAUUCCGGAGUGUUCAGGUGAACCCUGUUAUUCUGGAGUGUUCCUGUUAUUCCUGAGUGUUCAGGUGAACCCUGUUUUUCCAGAGUGUUCCUGUUAUUCCGGAGUGUUCAGGUGAACCCUGUUAUUCUGGAGUGUUCCUGUUAUUCCGGAGUGUUCAGGUGAACCCUGUUUUUCCAGAGUGUUCCUGUUAUUCCGGAGUGUUCAGGUGAACCCUGUUAUUCUGGAGUGUUCCUGUUAUUCCGGAGUGUUCAGGUGAACCCUGUUUUUCCAGAGUGUUCCUGUUAUUCCGGAGUGUUGUGGCGUGAUGGAUCCUCCGGUUCACAGCUGGCCAUGUUCGUACUACGUUAACGGAGAUAAGCGCUGGGUGAGCGGCCGCCUGACCCUGACCCCGAGCGCCGUCCGCUUCGGCCCGUCGUCAGGCGGAGACGGAGGUUCGGUCCUCCUGCUCCCACUGUCCCGCGUCACACACAUCAACACCGAGUCGUCCUGCUUCAUCUUCAGCGCCGUCACCUUGCAGGAGCGCGACGCCCACAAACACUGGUUCUCCUCCCUGAAGCCCAGCGCCGGCGCCGUGUUCCACGUCCUGCAGCACUUCUGGAGAGAGACGCUGGCCCUGCACACACACUCCACACACGCUCCGCUCAGCCGCGGCCAGAGACUCAUCAGCAUGGUGACCGACGCCCAACACACACUCUCACACACCGGCCGGGCGCUGAGUCAGCAGGGGGAACAGUUCCACCACAUGAUCCACCAGCUGGACAAGAUGGAGUCGGACCUGGGCGUGGCUGACAAGUUGCUCUCGGAGCUGGAGUCUCCUGCGUGGUGGCCUUUCGGGAAGUUUCCCUGGAACAGGAAAUGCCAAGCGGUGCCAGGUAAAGCCGAUGCUAAAGCCCCGCCCCCUGAAGCUUCCUCUAGAUCAUCUAAAGAGGUCCUGAGUGUGCCGGUGGUGUUUUACCGCGGAGGUGACAUCAACACCGCCGAUGUGAAUUCCGGCGCUCUGGUGUUGCUGGUCUCCGCCCUGGAGGUACGCGACGCGAGCGGCCGGCUGGUUCAUCGCUUCCACAAACAGGAAGUGGACGAGAUCCGCGUGCACGGCGUCUGUGACAUCAGCGUGCGACAGCGGCACAUCGGGAAACCCGAUGUGUGUUUCAGGCUGCUCUCGGCCAAGAUGGGGGAGGUGCUGUGUGUCCUCGAGGUGCAGUACAAGAAGAAGGUGGAGUUCGCCAGGGAUUACUCGGGGUUCCAGGCCACGCCCAGUGAUGACGUCACACCAGGGAGUGUGGCGUUCUGGGGUGCAGGAGCCAGUUCAGACUCAGAUGUUCCUGUACAGCUUCCUGCAGGAGAUCUGACUCCAGUUCAGCUCCAUGUUCAGCAGAACACCGUGAGUCAGGAGGAGGCGCAGGAACUCAAACAGAUGCUGCUGCAGUUGAAGUCUCUGGCUCUGGAGACGGACAGCGAGCUGCAGCGUCAGGAUGAAGCUCUGGACGUUUUGAUGUCCUCCAGUGACCGCAGCACAGCCUCCAUUAACACACACACACGCAGGAUCAGGAAACUGCUUUGACCUUCAACACCAUCAUCUUCAUCAUCAUCAGUAACUAACCUGAGCACAGAUGUCCUCCUGCAUGACUCAGUGUCUCCCCCUACAGGCAGAGAGAUGGACCAGUGAACCUCACAGACUGGCUUCUGUAUGAAGAGAGAUUUCCUGCACGUCUACACACACACACACACACAUACACACACACAUACACACACAGAGCUAACCCAUUCUCCUAAUUAUGUGAAAUCUGUAUGUUAUGUAAAAAUCUGCUGUAAUGACACUUUAAUCACGUAACACAAUCUCCAUCAACACACAGGUCCUCAUCUACAGCCUCUUCACUCUGUGUGUGUGUGUGUGUGUGUGUGUGUGUGUGUGUUGACUGUUCAGUUAAACAUUAAUCGUCAUGUAUAACUUUAUUCACUGGAAGUAAUGUAGAGUUCAUUUCCAGCAGGAGAGAGGAUGAUGAAGACUCUAACACACCUGACAAAGGUAGAAAGUCCACCUGGACAAAGCCAGGAUGGAGCAAGGACACUAGGACCUCGGGUCAGUGGGGAAUGAGGAGAGUGGGAAUCGUUUUCAGGAAAAAAGGAAACCAGGAUCUGGGAAUUGUGACCGAGGGAAAAGGAAAAAUUCCCACUUCACUGUCAGCUGCUAAAAGUCAGCAGCCAAUCAGAGCGUUAGAUGAAUCAGCGUGAUUUACAUAAUCUCAUCAUCAGGAAUUCCAACCUUGUUUUACGUCAUCUUCCACUAAAUGAAGUCAACAUCUGAUUUAUUUAUUUAUUUCAUUCAUUUAUUUCUUUUCUCCAGAACGUUCCAGUGAAAGAGUCCGGUGUUAUUUUCACUACGCUAGCUCGCGCGGUCCUGUUAUUAGCAUGCCUUUUGUCACACAAGAAUGUUCUCUUCAGAUUUCCAGACUUUUACCUGUACCGGACAUUACCAUGGCAACAUGGCCUCACAAAUGACCUGCAUGAUUCUGCUUGUAGUGAAGGUGACGGUUAAGGGGCGGAGUUUAUUUAUUUCUCAUUCUGUGUAUGCAGUUGAUUGAAAUCCAAUCAGACUCCUGCUGCUUGUCCAGAUUUUACACUAAUGUAUGGGAUCAUGUUACCAUGGCAACUUCCUGGAAGUAAAGCGUGUCUCUGUACUGUACACGUGUGUGUGUGUGUGUGUGUGUGUGUGAGUGUGUGUCACGACAAUAAAGGCUGUGUUUCUUUUUUAAAUAAAUAUGAAGUUUAUUCACUGUA